UGUUCUGACACCAAAUACAGAGAGCGGUAAUUUUCCAUACCAAGUACCCAACUUCCAUAAGUGUGAGAUUUGUUUGCUGUCUUUUCCAAGAGAGACCCAGUUCCAGCGCCAUAUGAGGGAUCAUGAGCAAAAUGACAAGCCUCACCGGUGUGACCAGUGUCCGAUGUCAUUUAAUGUUGAAUUCAACCUGACACUUCACAAAUGUACUCACAAUGGCGAGGAUCCUACGUGUCCUGUGUGCAACAAGAAAUUCUCCAGAGUAGCCAGUCUGAAAGCACAUAUUAUGCUACAUGAGAAAGAGGAGAAUCUGAUCUGUUCAGAGUGUGGAGAUGAAUUCACUUUACAGAGUCAGCUGUCCAUACACAUGGAAGAACAUCGUCAAGAAUUGGCAGGCAGUAGGAUUCACAGCUGCAAGUCUUGCAAAAAAGAAUUUGAAACUUCUUCACAGCUAAAGGAGCAUAUGAAAACUCACUAUAAAAUAAGGGUAUCAAAUACCAGAUCUUACAACAGAAACAUUGAUAGAAGUGGGUUUACCUAUUCCUGCCCUCACUGUGGAAAGACGUUCCAGAAACCGAGUCAGUUAACACGACAUGUUAGAAUACACACAGGUGAAAGACCUUUCAAGUGCAGCGAGUGUGGGAAGGCCUUUAACCAGAAGGGGGCUCUGCAGACCCACAUGAUCAAGCACACGGGGGAGAAGCCCCACGCCUGUGCCUUUUGUCCCGCCGCCUUCUCCCAGAAAGGCAACCUGCAGUCACACAUACAGCGAGUUCACUCCGAGGUGAAGAAUGGCCCUACAUACAACUGUACAGAAUGUAGCUGUGUCUUCAAAAGUUUGGGUAGUUUAAAUACACAUAUCAGCAAGAUGCACAUGGGUGGUCCACAGAAUUCUGCAAGUGCUUCAACAGAUGUAUCUCAUGUUACAGCGGACUCUGUCACCCAGCCUUUAACAACAUCCCCAUCUAAUCUUUUGCAACCUGUUGAUAACAAAUGGAAGAAUGCCACACAUUUUCGGUCUCCACUUCUUCAACAGACAGAAAACCAGGUGUCUCCAGCUGCUGCUCAUCAGGGUCAGCAGACUGUCACUGAUGUCAUUCAGCAGCUCCUUGAGUUAUCUGAACCAGGUCCAGUAGAAAAUAACCAGCCUCAACAACCUGGUCAACAGCUCAACAUUGCAGUGGGGAUCAGUAGAGAUAUUUUGCAGCAAGCAUUAGAGAACAGUGGGUUGUCGUCAAUUCCUGUCUCUGCACAUUCUACUGACUGCAGCCAGGCUAAGGCUGCUGGGGCCCAGGAUCAGAACCCAGAUGUUCCAAGCCUCUCAAAUCACCAGGGUGAUUCUAAUAGUGCCGAACAAGAUAAGGAGCAAGAGAGUACUGAUAAAAUAGAUAAAAAAGAAAAAAAGUUCAUUAAGAAAAAAUCGCCAUUUUUGCCUGGUUCUAUACGUGAAGAAAAUGGAAUCAGGUGGCAUGUUUGUCCAUAUUGCUCUAAAGAAUUUAAAAAACCAAGCGAUUUAGUGCGCCACAUUCGCAUUCACACCCAUGAGAAGCCAUUCAAGUGUCCCCAGUGUUUCCGCGCCUUUGCCGUGAAGAGCACUCUGACAGCACACAUAAAAACACACACUGGCAUUAAAGCUUUCAAGUGCCAAUUUUGUAUGAAAAGCUUUUCCACCUCAGGGAGUUUAAAAGUUCACAUUCGCCUGCAUACAGGUGUUAGGCCUUUUGCUUGUCCUCACUGUGACAAGAAGUUCAGAACAUCGGGCCAUCGGAAAACUCAUAUCACUUCACAUUUUAAACAUACGGAACUAAGAAAGCUGCGACAUCAACGUAAGCCCGCAAAAGUUCGAGUAGGAAAGUCAAGUGGUCCAGUACCAGACAUUCCUUUGCAAGAGCCCAUACUCAUAACUGAUUUAGGUCUUAUCCAGCCAAUCCCGAGGAAUAGCCAGGUCUUCCAAAACUAUUUUAACAGUAAUUAUGUGAAUAAUGCAGAGAGACCAUACAAAUGCUAUUAUUGCCAUCGAGCCUAUAAAAAAUCCUGUCAUCUUAAACAACACAUCAGGUCUCAUACAGGUGAAAAGCCAUUUAAAUGCUCUCAGUGUGGAAGAGGUUUUGUGUCAGCUGGAGUUCUGAAAGCACAUAUUAGAACACACACUGGAUUGAAAGCUUUCAAGUGUGUUGUGUGCAACGGGGCCUUCACGACUGGUGGUAGCCUCAGGCGACACAUGGGGAUCCAUAAUGACCUUCGACCAUAUAUGUGUCCCUACUGUCAAAAAACAUUCAAGACAUCACUCAACUGUAAAAAGCACAUGAAGACUCACAGAUAUGAACUUGCACAGCAACUUCAGCAGAAUCAGCAGUCUUCUUCAAUAGAUGAUUCUACAGUACAUCAGCAGAGCAUUCACGUUUCUACACAAAUGCAGGUGGAGAUACAGAGUGAUGAGCUGCAGCAGUCUGAAACUGUUGCAACGGAUCAGCAGGCUAUCUUAGAGUUAGACCAGCAGCCAGUAGUAGGCACAGAAGAAACAGCACUAGAACAAGAAUUGGCUGAUCAGCCUUUAGAGCAAGAUGAGGACAGAUUUGUGACAUCCCAGCAUGCUUUACAGGAAAACAUCACUCAGUUUGAACAACAGACUAUAACACAGCCACCAUUUGAUCAACAGAGCUUAUCACAAGGUUUUACUGUGAAUGACAGCUACAAUCAACAGACUCAAUUUCCAGCUGUACAACAGCUGCAGGAUUCAAGCACACUUGAAUCUCAGGCUCUUUCAACGAGUUAUCAUCCACCAGCCCUUCUUCAGGUUCCAAAUACAGAGACUAUUAAUGUAACCACUCGCUUGAUACAAGAUCAGUCACCACAGGAAGAACUUGAAUUGCACACCCAACGGCCUCAUUUUCUUGAGGAUAAUGAAGAUCAAAGUAGGCGCUCAUAUAGAUGUGAAUAUUGCAACAAGGGUUUUAAGAAAUCCAGCCAUUUGAAACAACAUGUACGAUCACAUACUGGUGAGAAACCUUAUAAAUGCCAACUCUGUGGCCGUGGUUUUGUUUCCUCGGGAGUUCUUAAGUCACAUGAGAAAACUCAUACAGGAGUUAAAGCAUUCAGCUGUAGCAUUUGCAAUACUUCCUUCACAACUAAUGGCAGCCUUACCAGGCACAUGGCAACUCACAUGAGCAUGAAGCCUUACAAGUGCCCAUUCUGUGAUGAAAGCUUUCGAACAACUGUUCACUGCAAAAAACAUAUGAAAAAACAUCAGGCAGUCUCCUCAGCUGUAGCAGCAGCUACAGAUACAGGAGGGGGAGUUGCAUGUGUUGAAGAUGAAGAUGAAACCUCUGAAAGGACUUCCAGAAAAUCUCGUCCUGGUGUCAUAACUUUCACAGAAGAAGAGACAGCAGAACUGGCAAAGAUUAGGCCUCAAGAAAGUGCUACUGUUUCAGAAAAAGUUCUUGUUCAGUCAGCUGCAGAGAAAGACAGAAUUAGUGAGAUCAAAGAUAAGCAAGCAGAGCUGGAAGCAGAGCCCAAAUAUGCCAACUGUUGCAGUUAUUGUCCCAAAAGCUUUAAAAAACCCAGUGAUUUAGUCAGGCAUGUUCGUAUCCAUACCGGAGAGAAGCCAUAUAAGUGUGAUGAAUGUGGGAAGAGUUUCACUGUAAAAUCCACGCUGGAUUGUCAUGUUAAAACACACACAGGCCAGAAGCUCUUCUGUUGUCACGUGUGCAGUAAUUCUUUUUCUACAAAAGGCAGUCUAAAAGUCCACAUGCGCCUGCAUACGGGAGCAAAGCCCUUCAAAUGCCCACACUGUGAUUUGCGGUUUCGUACUUCGGGGCGCAGAAAAACCCACAUACAGUGUCAUUACAAACCGGAUGCAAAGAAAGUUAGGAAGCCUGUUGCCCGGACUUCAACCGAGGGAUUACAACCAGUCAGUCUUCUUAAUUCAUCCUCAACAGACCCUAAUGUGUUCAUCAUGAAUAACUCUGUUUUGACAAGUCAGUUUGAUCAAAAUUUACUUCAACAAGGACUUGUGGGCCAGGCUAUCCUGCCUGCUUCAGUGUCAGCUGGAGGUGACUUAACUGUGUCCUUGACAGAUGGUAGCUUGGCCACUCUUGAAGGAAUACAGUUACAACUUGCUGCUAAUCUGGUUGGACAAAAUGUUCAGAUUUCUGGAAUAGAUGCCACUGGUAUUAACAACAUAACAUUACAGAUUGAUCCAAGUAUCCUACAGCAGACAUUACAGCAGAGUAAUUUACUUACUCAGCAGCUGACUGGAGAUCCCACCAUGACUCCACAGAAUCCCUCCCUCCAGGCUACAGAAAAUGCAGUGCCAGCUAAUGUGGUUAUUCAGCCCAUAUCAGGCUUGUCUUUGCAGCCCACAGUAACAUCAUCUGCUAACAUGACAAUAGGGUCCCUGUCUGAGCAGGAGUCUGUGCUGACAACCAGCGCUAAUGGUGCACAAGACAUUACUCAAGUCAUGACUUCACAGGGUAUGGUGUCAUCUACAAAUGGACAACAUGAGAUAAUGUUGACCAUAAAUAAUUCCAGUUUGAGUCAAGUUCUAGCUCAUGCUUCGGGUUCUACUACUGCAACCUCAUCAGGAAGUCCUCAAGAAAUCACUCUUACAAUAUCUGGCCAAGAUCUUAUUCAGCAUAAUUCUGGAAGCACUGAUCUGAACACUGGCUUAAGGCUGACAGCACCAACCAUCAGCAGUCAGACUACAGGUGCUACAUUAACUAUAAGCAAUGAUCAGCUUCUUUCUCAGGGCCCUUCACUAAACGCUCCAGAACUUAAUACAACAGGGGGAACAAACCUUCCUCCAGCAACACCCAUAUCUCAGUCUGCAGUUUCUGCACAGAAUCUGGUGAUGUCUUCAUCGGGAGUUGGAGGAGAUGGUAGUGUCACUUUGACCCUUGCUGACACUCAGGGAAUGUUGUCAGGUGGUCUUGAUGCAGUUACACUUAAUAUCACUUCACAGGGUCAGCAGUUCCCUGCUAUACUCACAGAUUCCAGUCUUGCUAGCCAAAGUGGAUCAGGAUCACAGCAAGUCAUACUGGUGAGCCAUACACCCCAUUCAGCACCUGCAAGCUCUGAUGAAAUAACAUAUCAGGUGACAGAAGUUUCCCCUAAUAUAGCUAAAAGCAGUCAAGCAGAAAAAGAAACUCGUGGGCACCAGUGUUUUGAGUGUAGCCAAACCUUUUAUUCUGUCACCAUGCUGACACACCACUGCAAAGAGGUUCACGGCAAGGAGCGAAUACACGUUUGCCACAUCUGCAAUAAGGCCUUUAAGCGGGCAACACAUCUCAAGGAACACAUGCAAACCCAUCAGGGUGGACCUUCACUGAGUUCCCAGAAGCCUAGAGUGUUUAAGUGUGAUACUUGUGAAAAAGCUUUCGCUAAGCCAAGUCAGCUGGAGAGACACAGUCGCAUCCACACAGGAGAACGACCAUUUCAGUGUACAUUGUGUGAAAAGGCAUUUAACCAGAAGAGUGCUCUUAAAGUCCACAUGAAAAGGCACACAGGAGAGAGACCUUAUAAAUGUGAUUACUGUGCCAUGGGAUUUACACAGAAAAGCAAUAUGAAGCUGCAUAUGAAACGGACUCAUGGUUACACUGGUCCUGUACAAGAGCCUGCAAAUCACCAAGAACAAGAAGGGGAAGACAUUAGUCGUGCUCUGAAUUUAGAAGAAGUGGUACAAGAAUCUUCAAAUGAAUGGCAAAAUAUAGGCAAUGUUUUUCGAUAACACCGUGAAAUUUGGAAGUUAAAAAUGUUUCUGGGACUUGAACUUUACAGUUAAAGCUUCAAGCAUUGAAGAUACUAACAAUAGAAUAAUAUAUUAUAGGG